AUGUCCUCGGACGGCUACAAACAAGAGCCCUGGCCUGCUCCAUCGCACGAGAUGGAAGAGUUUCCCCACGAUUCGCUAUCGGUAAGCCCUCCACAGGGCACUGAGAGGCGGCGAGUACGCAUUAAUAGCUCUGCCGCUGAGAUACCAGGUGGAUCUCCUAGCUACAGCCGCGUCAAUGACCUUGAGGCACAGCACUCGGGAAGCUCAGGAAGCCUUCAGCCUGUUGACGACACCACUGCCGAAGUGAAUGGUCUUUGGCAAGCCCACAGGAAUGGUGGCAACCUCGACAGCUCAGAGUACCCUUCAGCAGGCACGACAACCCAACCUGAUGAUGAGGACGUUUACACCUACUCUGGCAAUACCCAGGGUGGUGUCUUCUACCAUCUCCUCCAAGCCUACAAGACCCCGACGGCGGCGGCCAAUUAUUCCUCCGCUGAGUACUCCCCUCCUCGGCUACCCGAAUCUGUGAGCCGUCCCGGAUCUUCGGGUGGCGCGACUCCGCGAAAGAAAUGGUAUGAGCAGGAGAAGAAGGCGAACCACUCGCAGGAGACGCUUGCCACUCUGAUCGGAGCGGCGGCUGAACUGGCCAAUCCCAAGAUGGAGAGCAAACUAAACCAUCGCCCACAGCAUAAAAGGAACAGCAGCAAUCCACUCAUUUCCAAGAUCUUCAAAGCGAAAGAAGAGCAGGAUGCAAAAAUCAAGAUUCAUGUUGCGAGCAUCCUCAAGCGCCAACAGUACAUAAUCAAAAUGUGCCGCGCGUUGAUGAUUGUCGGUGCACCCACUCAUCGACUCGAAGAAUAUCUGGCAAUGACUGCGAAAGUGCUCGAAGUAAACAGCCAGUUCUUGUACAUUCCUGGCUGCAUGAUAAUCUCGUUUGACGAUACCCUCACCCAUACUGCCGAAGUCAAGAUCGUCCGUACCGCACAAGGGGUAAAUUUGGGCAAACUCAAAGAUUGUCAUGAAAUCUACAAAGAGGUCCUCCACGAUGUUAUCAGCCUGGACGAUGCGCUUGCGGCACUGGACGAGCUUAUCAACAGGCCCGACCAACACCCCGUCUGGCUCAACGUCAUCAUGUAUGGGCUUGCUAGUGUUGCAGUAUCGGGUUUCUUCAAGGCACGAUGGAUAGACAUGGGCCCCAUCUUCAUCAUGGGAACCGUUCUAGGAUUCCUCCAGCUUGUAGUUGCCCCUCUGUCCAAGACAUACAACACAGUCUUCGAGAUCAGCGCGGCUAUCCUGAUGACUUGCAUUUCCCGAGCGCUUGGUAGCAUACGUGGUGGCAAUCUGUUCUGCUUCUCUGCUUUGACGCAGAGUUCGAUUGCGAUGAUUCUUCCUGGUUGGCUCGUUCUAAGCUCUUCGCUCGAGCUGCAGUCACGCGCUAUAGUGCCAGGUUCGAUCCGACUGAUCUACGCUAUCAUCUACUCACUCUUUCUCGGCUACGGAAUUACCGUUGGUACGGCCCUCUACGGUGCAAUGGACAGUAAUGCCACGAACGCCACGACCUGCCAGGCACCGCUGAACUCGUAUUGGAACUUCAUGUUGGUUCCUCUCUACGUCCUUUUCGCCUGCCAUACCGUCCAAGCUAAAUACAAGCAAAUGCCGGUCAUGAUCGCUAUCGCUUUCUCGGGCUACAUAGUCAACUUCUACGCCAACAUGAAGUUCAGCUCCUCCGCGCCUAUUGCGUACACCUUCGGAGCAUUCGCCGUGGGAGUGCUAGCGAAUCUGUAUAGCCGCUUACGUCAUGGUGUAGCAGCAGCAGUACUUCUACCUGCUGUCUACGUUCAAGUACCAGGCUCCCUUGCUGCGAGUGGAGCUAUCACGACCGCGUUACAAACUGCCGGUUCCCUCAUUCAAGGUGGGGAAACCGAUCCCAACAGCUCAAACAGCCUCAACGCCAUCAGUUUCAACGUUGCUGCGCAAAUGAUCCAGAUUGCAAUCGGAAUUACUGUCGGUCUGUUCAUGUCAGCACUUCUCGUCUAUCCGCUAGGCAAGAAGCGCAGCGGCUUGUGGACCCUAUGA